ACAUCUCGUCAGCCCUCCUGGUGAUUUGAUUGAGGAUGCACUGAGCAAAAGAAAAAAAAUAGAUGGGGAAACGGAGACACUAAGCACCGGAGAAGUGAUUUGCCCAAGGCCCCCCAGUGCAUCGGUAGCAGAGGUCUGGGACGAUGGAAGAAGGGGUCCGUCAUCUAGAAGCCUGACUGGGCGACAGUAGGAAAACCCUCCGAGAGACGGGCAGCUACUAGCUUGAGAUACAGAGCGAGACAAACAUGCUGAAACCAAGUGGACUUAAAAUUCCCGGCAAGGCUGGGAAACACUCCAGCCCCGUGGGACGGGCUUCGGGGACAGCUGCGGCUGCAGCCACUACUGGCUCAAAGGAAGGCUCACCUUUGCACAAGCAGGGGCCCACCUCCACUGCCAGCACCGAGAAGCCAGGAUCAAAGGUCACUGAGGUGGGCGAUGACUUCCUGGGAGACUUCGUGGUGGGCGAACGUGUCUGGGUGAAUGGAGUGAAGCCAGGCGUGAUCCAGUAUCUUGGGGAGACCCAGUUUGCCCCCGGCCAGUGGGCAGGGGUUGUUCUGGAUGACCCGGUGGGUAAGAAUGACGGCUCCGUUGGUGGCGUACGUUACUUUGAGUGCCAGCCGCUGCAGGGGAUUUUUACACGGCCCUCCAAGCUGACCCGCCAGCCCGUGGCGGAGGGCUCGGGCAGCGAUGCCCAUUCUGUGGAGUCCCUGACAACUCAGAACUUGUCGUUGCACUCAGGGACGGCUACACCGCCUCUCUCCACUCGCAUCAUCCCCCUGAGGGAGAGCGUCCUGAACAGCACCAUGAAAACCGGAAAUGAAUCUGGAUCUAACCUGUCAGACAGCGGGUCGGUGAAAAAGGGCGAUAAAGACUUACGGCUUGGAGACCGUGUCCUGGUUGGCGGGACGAAAACGGGAGUUGUGCGCUAUGUGGGCGAGACAGAUUUUGCCAAAGGAGAAUGGUGUGGAGUGGAACUUGAUGAACCUCUAGGGAAGAAUGAUGGGGCAGUCGCUGGUACAAGGUAUUUUCAAUGCCCCCCAAAAUUUGGCCUCUUCGCUCCCAUUCACAAAGUGAUCCGGAUUGGGUUCCCGUCCACCAGCCCUGCUAAAGCAAAGAAGAGCAAACGGAUGGCCAUGGGAGUGUCAGCCUUAACUCACAGCCCCAGUAGCUCGUCCAUCAGCUCUGUCAGCUCCGUGGCCUCCUCUGUCGGUGGCAGACCCAGCCGGAGCGGAUUGCUGACGGAAACCUCCUCUCGCUAUGCCCGGAAGAUCUCCGGCACGACCGCCCUGCAGGAGGCACUGAAGGAAAAGCAGCAGCACAUUGAGCAGCUGCUGGCAGAGCGAGAUCUGGAGAGAGCGGAGGUUGCCAAGGCCACCAGCCACAUCUGUGAGGUGGAAAAGGAAAUUGCCAUCCUGAAGGCCCAGCAUGAGCAGUAUGUCACGGAGGCGGAGGCGAAUCUCCAGCGAGCACGGACCCUGGUAGAUGGGGUGCAGAAGGAAAAGUUGGAGCUGCUGAACCAACUGGAAGAGGAGAAAAGGAAAGUGGAGGACUUGCAGUUCCGAGUGGAGGAAGAAUCCAUUACCAAGGGAGAUCUGGAGUUAACUACGGUAGCAGAGAAGUCUAGAAUCCUUCAGCUGGAGGAAGAGCUGAGUGUCCAGCGCAGUGAGGUGGAGGAGCUUAGACAAUGCCUAAGAAACUCUCACCAGGCAGAGACCCCUGAGCAUAAUCUUGGUCUGCAGUCAGAGGCGCUUCGCCUGCGAGACCAGCUGCUGUCUGCCAGCAAGGAGCACCAGAAAGAGAGCAGCCAGCUGAAGGAGAAGUAUGAAAAGACCCUGAAGAAGCACCAGCAGGAGAUAGAGAAGCUGAAAGCCGUCAAUGAAAAAUAUUCCCAGGAAAUCGUUGACCUGAAACACAAAGUUCAACAAGCCACCAAUGAGAACAUGGGGCUGAUGGACAAUUGGAAGUCCAAGCUGGACACCUUGGCAUCUGACCAUCAGAAAUCUCUGGAAGACCUCAAAGCCACCCUGAACACAGGCCCUGACACCCAACACAAGGAGAUAGUAGAGCUGAAGGCCGUGGUAGAGAGCAUAAAGAUGGAGCACCAGCUUGAACUGGAGAACCUUAAAGCUAAGCACGAUAUCGAGACUGCGGUUCACAUAAAAGAGAAAGAAAGUCUGAAGCUAAAGUUACAGGAGGCCAGCGACGAAGUGGAAGAAAGCAACAACAACUGGAAAAUGCAACUGGAAACCAAAACAAACCAGCACCUUACAGAACUUCAGGACAUGAAGGAGAAGUGCCGAGAUGCCGAACUGAGAGUGCACGAACUGGAGAAGCUACACAGUGAAUAUAAAGAUCAGGCUCAAGCAAUAGCUUUCUUGAAAGAGCAGAUUUCUCUGGCUGAGAAGAAGAUGUUGGACUAUGAGACACUACAGAAAACAGAAGCCCAGAGUAAACAGGAGAUCCAAAGAUUGCAGGAAAAAGUGCUUGUCUUAGAGAACAAACUGCAGUCCAUGGAGGCUCUGCAUCCUUCUCAGCAUGCCAAUAUGAUUGAAACUAAUGAUAUUUCAGAAGAGAAGAUGAAGAUGAAGGAGGCUAUGGAAGAACUGCAAGAUAAGAUGAGUAAAAGAGAUAAAGAGGUGUCAUCCCUCCUCUCCCAGACUGAAACUCUAAGGGCCCAAGUAAGUGCAUUGGAAAAUAAAUGCAAAGCUGGAGAGAAGAAGGGAGAUUCUCUGUUGAAGGAAAAGAAGCGGUUGGAAGCUGAACUGGAGACCUUGUCCAGGAAAACGCAUGAUGCUUCAGGCCAGCUGGUCCUGAUUAGCCAGGAGCUACUCAAAAAGGAAAGGAGCCUGAAUGAGCUGCGAGCUUUGCUGCUGGAAGCAACCCGCCACUCGCCUGGGCCAGAGCGGGACCUGAGCCGAGAGGUGCACAAAGCAGAGUGGAGGCUGAAAGAGCAGAAACUCAAAGACGACAUCCAAGGCCUGAGAGAAAAGCUGAUAGUGCUGGAUAAAGAGAAAUCGGUAACAGAUCAAAGGCGAUACUCCCUCAUUGACCCUUCGUCAGAGUCUGAGGUUCUCCGGCUGCAGCACCGACUGGUCAGCACGGAGGAUGUCCUACGGAAUGCACUGGAGCAGGGUCAGCAAAUGGAGAAACUCCUGGAGGCCAUGAGGAGUUCUUCGGAGAAAACACAGGUGAGAUCUAAAACCAACUGCAUGACUGUGUGUGGAUCAUUAAAGAUCCUCUGGCACCCUUCACAAGAACCGGAUGUUAGUCCCAGUAUCCUGCACCAAAUUCCAGUACUCUUGGAAACUCGGGAUCUGCUAAUGGGAUCCAUCAACAGGAUAAAUCCCACAAGCAGGAGGAGAAGCACUGAUAGAGAAGAAGAGGUGGAGAGAAUCAUUUCAUGCCCGUAUCUACUUCUGCGCACCAACGGGAAAAGGAUGCACCUCCUAAAGACUAGCGACAGUAUUUUAACUUUAAAAACAGGACUGUUUAUAAUGUACUAACUGACCUAAGUAGGACAAUCCCCUGGUUCGUAUUUUCCAAGACGAGCAUCAUUCCAGAAGGAGCGGUAUGGAAACCUACCUGUGUAAAGAUCCUUUUGUUUUGCUUUCUUAUCCGUAUCGGUUUUGACUGUGGAAUUUGUAUCGGCCGAGUGAACAGUCUCCAUUCAUCCCACCUGAACAAUGUGGUCUGGUUGAGAGCUGAUGGUGGCUGAAACUUCAUCAAUGAUUCCUAGACCCCUAGAGGAAAUGCAAAAAGGUUUGCUUGGGGCAUUAGAAAAUUCCUAAGUCUGUUCCCAAAGGCUGCACUCUCCACGCCAGGUAAUCCCUGUCCCUCUCCCCCCACCCACCCACUCACAUAGUAUGAUGAACUACAGAAAUGAGUCAGACCUACUAGGCUGGCUGUGCUCAAGCCAGUAAGAAUGGAUCGUAGAAGAGCUGUUGGGACAGUCCUCCCCCUUCCCUGCAUAGAAGACCUCUCAGCGGUAGACCAUGGAAACUCCCCUUAAUACUGUAUGAUAGCACAGGUGGUACCUCAUCUGAUUUCAGAUGAUAUAAUUUAUUUCAGCUGUUUGUGAGUCAGUGUUUACUCUGAGUUGAUGAAGGGGAGGGAGCCUCUGGUGGGGGUGAGUACAGGUCUCCUUAGCCUCUCUCCUCCGAGAGAUCUCUUAGCAGGACUGGCUGUGCCGGGGCCCAGAGCCAGGGCCCAGGGGUAUGUUGUGGCAUAUGGUAGCUCUGCAGGCCCGUACACAGCAAAGCUUUGGAGGCAGCUGGCUAGAACCUUUUGUAUACCUGUUUGUGAGGGUCUGGGUAGAAAACCCACACACAGGAUGUAGUUGCAUCGGACAGAGGCUGCUAGGCUCUGAUUCCCUCUCCACUGCUAUCCACAGAAUUGUAAUCACUAGCUGGGAGGGUUGGGCUGCCUUGCAUUAGGCUGCUUGGGGGCUGCCCCUACCAGUCUCAGCUGUCUUUGGUUCUUCAGUACAGUAUCUGGCGGGAGAGGGCUAACACGUUGCUGUGAGGCAGAGACUGAGGAUGAUAGUUAAACAAAGGCCCCGUCGAGCAGGAAAGCUCCCGCUGUAACCAGAGCAGAUUUCUGUUCUUUUCUCCAUUUGCUGGGCACCUCAGACUCCCCCUAUUUGCUGUAAGUGAGAGAUUGGGGUGCAGGUUUGGGCCCCAAAACAACGCUGAGGGUCACAUUUUUAAAGCAGGAGCUCCAAGCCAUGUGCACAGAAAUCCAAGCACAACGGAGCACCCGGAUUUGCACAAAGAACUGUUGCCAUUAUGAGUGCAGAGAGCCAGUUGGGCACCUCUGUAUCCAUCUGCAAUAACUGUCCAUGCAGUAGGGGGAACCCCAUUGCCUGUGUGUAUUUGCACAUGGACCGGUCCCUAUUCCAAGGGCUGUAUUCUAGUCUCAGUCUUUGCACUAAACUCCCAUUGGGCUGAAUGGGAUGAUACUUGGGUGGAGUGAGGGUGGAAUAUGGUCCUAAGUGCCUGAGACAAACCCCUUGCUCUGAAAAGUAGCAUCCACCUUUCGAUGCCCUGGGAGCAGAGGGAGCAGCAGCAGAUUCUUAGACUCCAUUCAAAUCCCUGAUGGGGAUGGGGCAGUUUCCCAAGGGGGGCAUUAGUACCUGGAAGGAGGGGCAGGGCUUGGAUUGACAUAUUGCAGCACCAGUGAAAUGACUAAUAUUUAAUGGUUCUGGGGGAGAAAAGGUUCAUCAUGGAAACAAACGACUGUUCUUGAUGCUGUUUGAUCCUUCCCCCCACCCUCCUCCGAGGGAAUUAAUUGCAGAAUCCCUUUUCGGAGGUACACAAAUCAAAUUGUUUCCUAUUUCUCUGGAAAUGCAGCAUUUUGGCCAUAUUUACCGUAUCGCAGCCAAAGGAUGUUAGGGUGUGAACCAUUCAGUCUCUCCUCUGGGUGUCCCUGUGCCUCUCUGAAAUGCCUAGGUCAAGUCCACCUCUCUGCUCCACCGUCCAGCUCUCCGCUGCAUAUCCUGGGCUAGAACUCCCAUGGACGUGGACAAGAGCUCCCAGGACAUGGCAUAGGCGUUGACGUCCUGUGAAGCAGAACCAUUGCACCUGAGCUGGGAAUCUGGCCCUUCGUUUUCCUGUUUGAUUUUUCUUCAGCCACUUUUGGCUACUCUGAAAUUCUCCAGCCGCACAGAGUCUGGGGCAGCUUGAGGCAAACUGGGAAAGAGCUUUGCCCCACCCCUCCAAGUCUGCUGCACUAGGGAAGCCGCUAAGCCCUUUUCACCUGGUGGGGAUGGUGGAGACCGGAUCUGUUUCAAUGGUUGAGAUAAGGAGGUGGGUUCAGGAAAGUGAGGCAUGUUGGGAGAAGAAGCCUAAAUUUGGCUAAUGAGUUCAGAGGGUUAGCGGGAGUUCAGGUGGGACAGGACCUGCCGUGUGGAGCCAGACCCCUCUACCUGCAUAGAAGAAUAAAGCACUAAUCAUUGCCUCAGGCUUGGAUUUUCAAAGAGCCUGAGGGACUUAGGAGUCAAAAGCCUAUUGAUAGACAAUGGGACUUGUCACCUGACUCCCCUAGUCUCCUUUGAAAAUCUCAGCACAAGUGUGUAAAAUGUAAUAACCAAGCAAAACUCAUGAUCAGCAGGAGGUGCCAUUUCGAUCAUUUGGGAGUGGUAUUUUCAAAAGUGUCCAGCAUUGGCUGCCUGACUCUGCGCCUGCUGAAAUUAAUGGUCAGAUGCCCACUGACAUCAAUGGGAGCGUUCGGGGCAAUGCCACGGGCUUCGGAAAAUGCCUUCCAGGGCUUAGGGAAGGCAGCACCCAGGUGAGUGCACAGGAGUUCAUGGGACUUACCAAGUGGGAAGGGGGGGGGUUGAUUUUGUAAUCAAUCUAUAUUUAUUUUCUGUCUAGUUUACAAGUGACAAGCCCCCAUUAUUUAAAGAGGAUUAAAUAGCAACUUUCUGCGUCGCUUUGCAACCCUCCUGCUUCCCCAGGUUCAAACAGGAGCUGGGAGGUGUGCUCCAUGGGCUGGGCUGAAUGGGCACCGCCUUGAUUGAAACCAGAGGAGAAUUUGACCUAUCAAGAUGUCCCAGGCCAGUGCACCUGAGCCCAUUCAGUGACAGGGAGAAGGUAGAAGAGAGCCUGCUUUGUAAGCUGGCUUCGACUGUCUUCUCAGGGCUUGGCUACACUUACAAAUUUGCAGCGCUGCAGCAGGGUGUGAAAACACACCCUC